AUGGAUACUUCAACGCCAAGCACACCUUCAGGCCCCCAAAGUGAAACAAACACCACAAACGAAAAUUUAAGUAACGCGAAGUCUCCUCCUUCAACUGUUCCUAUUGCAUCUCCAUCAUUAUUAGGCACCCCUUCUACACCGACUCCUGCAACACCAGAAUCUACAGCAUCUCUCCCAAGACCAAGCAUAGGUCCAAUUUAUUCCGCGGUUUAUUCUGGAGUACCAGUAUACGAAUUUCUUGUACGAGACGUAGCAGUGAUGCGCCGGCGUCCGGAUUCUUACUUGAACGCCACGCAAAUUUUGAAGGUUGCUGGUCUUGAAAAAGGUAAACGUACAAAAAUUAUCGAAAAAGAAGUUUUAACUGGUGAUCACGAAAAAGUUCAAGGCGGUUAUGGGAAAUAUCAGGGUACUUGGGUUCCAUAUGAAAGGGGAAAGGAACUUGCUGAGCAAUAUGGGGUUCUUGAAAUUUUGCGUCCUUUGUUAGAAUAUAAACCACCUAAACAUGAUAUACCUUAUUCAUCAUCUCCAUAUACUCCAACUAAAGAACAGGCGAUGGCGGCUUUACGUAGGCAAGCUGCGAAGGCUACUACCACCACUAUUCAAUCGAAUUCUCAUUCCGAUAUUCAAGCCAACGGCGACUCUUUACUAUCUAAUAAUGAAAACGAAGCAGAGACUGUUACGAUGACAAACUUUGAGGCUUCUGAACCACCUCUAACGGCUGCAGAAAUGGACGAAGGGGAACGUCACAGAAAUGUUUUAAUGGCAAUAUUCCUUAAUGAAGAUCCAAAUCAAAUACCAGAUCUUCUUUCAAACCCAUCUUCUCCGGAUGAUAUUGAUUAUGAUGUUAUCAUUGACAAUCAUGGUCAUACUGCUCUUCAUUGGGCGGCUGCUCUAGCUCGACUACAAGUUAUGGAAUUAUUAUUGACAAGGGGUGCUAAUGUACGUCAAUUGAAUUAUGAAGGCGAAUCUGCUUUAGUACGCGCCGUUCUUGUCACCAAUAAUUACGAAGCACAAAAUUUUCCUGCCGUUCUUGAUCUUCUUCAUGAAACCAUCCCGUUGACCGAUAAAGAUAAUCGAACUGUUUUCCAUCAUAUUUCAAUGACUUCUGGCACUAAAGGUCAUGCCGCAGCAGCAAAAUAUUAUAUGGAUUGUCUGCAACAAUGGAUCGCUCAGAAUGUUGAUGGAAAUCUUUCUACGAUUUUAAAUAUUCAAGAUAAAAAUGGUGACACGGCUUUAAAUAUUGCUGCGAGAGUAGGAAAUACUCAGCUAGUUCGUCAGCUAAUAGAAAUGGGUGCUAACAAGCAAAUUGAAAAUAAAAUAGGGUUAAAGGCAAUAGAUUUUGAUCCUGCUGAACGUAUUGAUAUUGAUGAUAUAAAUGAUGCGAGACUGGAGCAAAUGGAUUUUUUUACUCAACCAAUUACUUCAACAUUUGUUAAUCCCCGUAGAAAAUCCAGAGAGAUCGUUUCAAAUCUUCAAAAAUUGGUUGAAGAUGCUGAAACUGAAUGGAUUGAACAGCUUAGAUUAAAAGAUGAACAAUUAGUUGACUUGCAACGUCAGUGUAAUGCAACUUCAAGGCAACUCAUCGAAGCCAGACGAAUAUUGCAUUGUUGUCGUCUGCAAGACAAGGAAUUCGAUGAAACAGAAGAGUACAUUAAAUUUCUGGAAAGAGUAUUGAUCACUGAAGAUCAAGAUGAUUAUAUCGUCCCGCGUAAACGUCAAAAAAUUGAGCAUUCAAAUGGAACGGCUACCGGCUUAGACGUUCUUUCAGUCAUCUCUGCUAUCACUCCAAUACCAAAGGCAGAAGUUUCUGUACCAGAAAUUGAAAUAUCUUUUCCACAGAAUGUGCCAUCACCACCACCUUCUACUAAUGACAUAAAUGCUAUCUCAUCACAAUCAAGUACUCCUUUUGCAAUAGAUGCCUCUUCCACAGUACAUCCAAUAACAUUUCCAUCAUCAACGAGAGUAGUACCAACUGCAUUCUCUUCAUCCAUGGUUGUUCCAACAGCUUUUACAUCAUCAACGAGAACAGUUUCACCUUCUGUGACAUCAUUCAGUUCUUCAACAACUAAGCCUCCAACAAUAACGAUUACACCUCCUUCAAAUACUGCGUCUUCUCAAACAACUAAGCCAUUGUUCCCAGUUUCUCCGGUUUCAUUUACUUCUUGUGUUUCUCCUAUAAAACCUUUAAUUGACCCGAAAACGGAAAAUGAAAUUAGAAAUCUUCAAGCACAGAUAAAUGCAUAUUCAAAAGAUGAGGAAUUACUUCGACAAGAAAUUAACGAAUUGAGAGGAAAAUCGGUGAAUGCUAAAAUGCAAUACAAGAAAAUCAUUGCCUCAUGCUGUAAAAUUGAGUUAGACAAGGUUGAUGAUUGCGUUGAAGCGAUUUUACAUGCAAUGGAAAGUGAUAGUGCUGAUUUUAAUCUUUCUAGGAUCAAGGAUUUGAUGAGCCGAGUACGCUGUGAAGAAGUGGAAGACACG